AAAUAAAUCAGAAAGCUUUAAUAUUAAGAGAAUCGUUUCUCUUAAAAGAGAUUUUGGAGCUGAAGAGAGACGCAUACGUGUCGUUGUCUUUUUCAAUAUUUCUUUUGUUUUGUUUUUGUCCCGACUAUCGAACGGUGAUCUGCGUCUUUUCUUUUCUUUUCUUUUGUCUUUUUGGGUUGAUUUGGAUAUAAUGGCGCAAAAACCACGAACGGUGAUCUGCGUCGGAGACAUCCAUGGAUACAUAUCGAAGCUCAAUAACCUCUGGCUUAAUCCCCAAUCCGCCAUCGACCCAUCAGAAUUCAGCUCAGCUCUCGUCAUCUUCCUCGGCGAUUACUGCGAUCGUGGACCAGAGACCGGAAAAGUCAUCGAUUUCUUAAUCUCUCUACCGGAGAAACAUCCCGAUCAAACUCACGUCUUUCUCGCCGGGAACCACGACUUCGCCUUCUCUGGGUUCUUGGGUUUGUUGCCCCGUCCUUCAGAUGGGUCUGAUUUGAAGGAUACGUGGAAGGAGUACGAGGGUAGCGAGGAGAGAGAAGGAUGGUAUAGAGGUGAAGGGUUCGAGGAUAUGCAUCUUCAAGGUAGGAGAUGGGCUGGUAAAAUUAAGGCUACGUUCAAUUCUGUGAAAGGCAUGGCUUAUAAGGGUUCGAUUUACGAUGCUGGAUAGACUUUUGAAUCUUAUGGUGUUCCUCAUGGAUCUUCUGCUGGAGAGUGUAAAAUUAUUCGUUGGGCUUCCACUGGACACAGUUUCAGACUACAACAACGUGAACCACUUGAAAGCUAUCACAGCUGGGCUUAAAGCUUUGAAGCUACUUGGUGUUGAAGGCAUUGAGUUACCAAUCUUUUGGGGAGUUGUUGAGAAAGAAGCUGCAGGGAAAUAUAAAUGGUCAAGGUACUUGGCAGUAGCUGAGACUCAUCAUUGGACUUUGAGGAUCAUCGGACUUACCUGAAACGGAGAUGGCCGACGUUGAUUCCGGUAGGCUUAUCGGCUCUGAGAUUCAUGGAUUCCAUAUUUUGCAAGGUUUGUUCUUCUAAUCUUAUCGUUCGUCUUGAUUCAUAGAACUGUUUUUGUUUGUUCUUACAUUCGAUUGUUUUGUUGAAGACUUCAAAUCAUGUAAUGGGUACUUUAAACCU